AAAUCAACAACACAGAUGGCGCAGAGAACUGAAAAGGAAGAGACAGAGUUCAAGGUCCUCGAAACCUUGACGACGAAAACAACCCCGAUGCUCUGCUCCAACAACUGCGGCGUCACAGCGAGUCCAUCAACCAACAACAUGUGCCAGAAAUGUUUCAACGCCGCCGCCGCCGGUAUAGAUCCAAAUCCGAUCGCAAAAAGAUCAGCCAGAUCCGUCAGUCUCCGGUCAACGCCAGCCAAAGCCGCGAUCCGUCCCAGGGAGACCGAUCCGGUCAAGAGAGACCAUCAUCAACAGACCGUAAACCGAUGCUCCGGUUGUCGGAAGAAAGUCGGGUUGACCGGAUUCAGAUGCCGAUGCGGCGACCUUUUCUGCGCGGAGCACCGGUACUCGGAUCGCCACGAUUGCAGCUACGACUACAAAAUCGCCGGUAGGGAGGCGAUCGCUAGGGAGAAUCCGAGUACACACAGCUGGACGAGGUCCGGAUCAAGCUCAAUCAGCUCAAGAGAGUGUGGUAUCAGCUCACUCAGUGUUGUUCAGCUCACGGGAGCUGAUGGACUAGCUCACUCAGAUGGGGACAGUUGGCAAUCAGCUCACCUCAGCUUGGCGAGUGUUCCGGUCCGGACCAGUGUAGCCGGGUCCGAGAGGUUACCGAGCCGUCCCGAUGGUCCGUGUGGGACGAAGAGUCCAGGUGCGAUCUUGGCUGAACCAGGCAAUGAGACAAAGGCCUGGGGGAGUUGGUUUCCGUGUGGGAACUGCCAGGGGAGCAGUUUGGGCGGUUAUGGAAGCGGUUCUGAGCGGUUUUGGGCGAAAGGUACAAGGGGACAAGUGGCAUCUCCUUGGCCAAUCCUUUGUAACCGAUCGGCCAGAGCAGUUACCGGUCCCUCUCUCUAUAAAUACAGACCCUUGGGGUCGAUUUUGAGCAUCAUUUUUCCUAGGGAAAGCCCUGAAGAAAUCGUGAGACAAAAGAGAAAGAGAGUGGCCGGCGACUUGAAGAGCAACCGUGUGUGGUGGAUGGAUACCAGACAUAAAGAGAAGGAGAAGGAGAAGGACUUGGCGCCUGGAGAACGAACUCCUAAGGUACAGACUUGGACCGUGGUAAAGGAAAGGGACUGUGAGGACUCCAGCUGUGGGAAGAUGUGUGGUUAUUGGGUCUUUGUUGAUAGAUGUGAAGUACUUGGUACUAAGAGGAAGUCAAAGAAAGGAAAGGAGGCUGCUGGAGCAUCCGGAAAUGUUGAGGCUGUUGGAGUCAAUCAGACUCAGGUGUUGCCAACCCAGUUGGGGACGGUUAACACUGAAGCCGGAUUGCUGCAGGGACCAAUCCUUCCAACUGAGGUUCAGGUGGAGAACGUUGGAGAUCAGCGUGACCAGGACCAGGGAGAGCAAGGGAAAACUUCUUAUACUGAAUAA